AUGGUCACGUCUAUCCAGGAGCAAGAAGAAUCUACCGUCAAUGACCAAUGUAAACCCAGCGACCUGAUUGUUUCUGCACCGCGUACCUUACGACGACGUCAACACUUGUCAUGCUGUCCUUCUUGUCGUCAAUCUUGCAUGAAGACCGAUCGAACCCUUGUUUGUCGAGUUUUAGUGGCCGACAAAUUUUAUGCACUCGACGACGAAACGAAAAAACGCAAACGUAUUGUAUGCGAAUACCACUAUUAUUCGCAUUUCGGUCUAAUGUGUCAACAAUGUCAUCAACCACUACUACGCACCGCAAAUAACGAGUUACAGUGCCGUAAUCAAUGUUUACGUUGUCCCGAUUGUGUUACCAAAGCCGCAACGGAUUCUGAAGAAGCCUGUUUCGAUCACAAUGGAACCACCUAUUGUCGCUAUCACUUUUCAAUGCUUCCCGAUUCUCGAUGUGCCGGCUGCGAUCAAGCGAUUUUAAAGCAAUUCGUCGAACACCGAAACCAUGCCGAUAAAAAGUGGCAUCCUGAAUGCUACAUGAUCUUCAAGUUUUGGAAUGUUCAACUGGCCAGUUUCAAAAAGACCGAUGACAAAGGCAGUCCAAAGCCCAAAGAUGUGAAGGAGCUGCGGGAAGUGCAAAUGGCAACCGAGCACGAGGUCAACAGAAUUUGGACGGAUUUAUCUGCGUUUGAAGAAUCAUCAGCCACAUGCAUAUCCGAUAUGCUACUGCAUGUGGCGGCUGGUGCCUACUUGGAGGGCUUACGCAUGGCAAACCAGUUUGUGAUCCAUUUGGAGGUACUGUUUGCUGCCCUGGAUGAAAUGAAUAAAAUGCUUGUACAGCAUGGUCAAGAAUUACAAUGCAUUCAUGAGUCCAGGCUCGUCUGUAAGCAGGUCAUACGGUUCUUCAACUUAUUGGCUCAGCAAGAUGAUAUACCCAUGAAAAACGAAACAGGUGUUACACAAGAAUUACUGUCACUGGUCACGAAUUUGGCGCAAAAUCUGAAAACGUUAAUUCGUAUUGGCUUGACCGAGACUUUACGAUUGGAACGACAAUUUGGAAUGAAAGAGGCGAUAUUCGAGUUUCUACAACAUUUGCUGCAAUUGGAAAAAAAACGUGUAUGGAUCGCUGGUCGAUAUUGGUUCAAGGAUUCCCCAUUUCCAAAAACAGUAGGCUUGGAUUUAACGUUGGCAGGACGAUGUCGAGGUUGUUCGCAAACCAUCGAAGAAGCAUGUUACAUGGUUCAGAAUUAUCGGUGGCACUCAUCAUGCUUUGUCUGUCACCGGUGUCAACGCCGAUUGGUGGAUGCCCAAUUUUCUACCAAGGUACGACUGUACGAAAAUGAUCGACAAACCAUCCUUCUUUGCGACGCUUGCGAAAGAAACGACACCAAUGAGUGCGAUAUUGUCACCGUUUCGCAAUUGGACCAAUAUCUGUAUUUGCUGAAAAUGGCAUUGGCUCGAUUGUACCUCAAGAUUCACUUGGAAGAUGAUAAUCCGGGCAUCGUAUCUAAACAACAGCAAGGCAUUCUGCAGAAUUAUCCAAUCAAGCUAAAAUCGGACGCAAUGAUCAGCCAACAUCGAUCGUAUCUCUUGGACCGUAUGGAUGUCAAUCGACGAAACACCACCCCACCAGGACGACGUCGCCAGUCUCUGUUCGGAUCUGUGAAUCUAGGCAGCAUUAAACGUACAAAAUCAGUCCAUCUGGAUUGCAUCAAUGAGACAUCAUGCGAAGGCAAUGAACCCAAUGCGUUGUCACGACGAUCCAUGACUCCUGAACCAGCUUUACCAUCGUCCGACUGGCUGACUCAGACCCCCCAACUACUGCCUGUCACGCAGUCCACCAGUAGUCGGUUGGACAGUCUCCGUCGAGCUCUUAGUACCCGAAGACGCCGCGGCCCACUUCAAGGCGUUUUUGACCCCGAUCAAUCGCAUCCUGUCGGCCUGUUUUUACACCGCGCUCAGCGUGCUUCCAUUUGCUCCCAAGUACCUUCUACCGACGGCACAACCACCAUUGUUUCAUCCUCCAGUUAUCGCCUGAUCGAUUUAUCUCUCCUGCAGGAUUUCGCCGUCCAGCAUGUCGCCGUUCUGCAGAUAGAGCGCAGUGUACGACAUGCGUUUACACUCGAAGAAUUGGUGGCGCUCGUUGAAAAUAAAAAAACAUCGUUGUGGAACAAAUUAAAAACGCAUAUUCGCACCAACAAACAUCAUCACCCCAGCGAAAUUGGUAUGAAAACAUUCAACAUGCCAUUGUCCUUGGUCGCUGCAAGGACAAAACAAACGACGAUCAGCCAUCACGCCGAGAAUAACCCGCAUGUCACUUCCAACCUCGCUGUUUGCUUUUCCGAACGAUCGCUGGUCCCUGAAUUUCUGCAAAACUGUGUUCUAGCAUUACUUCAAAUGGAUAUGGCAGUGGAAGGUGUAUUUCGUAAAAAUGGCAACAUCAGGGAAUUGAAAGAAAUGUGUGACAGCAUUGAUCGGAAAAUGAUGACGGUGGAUCGAUUAAUGAAAGAAUCACCCAUCCAACUAUCAGCUCUAUUGAAACGUUACCUGCGAGAACUGCCCGAACCGUUGCUGACCUUCAAGUUACAUAAACUGUUUCUUGUUGCUCUAAGUAUGAAGACAGAAGCCGAGACCAAAUCAGUACUGCAUCUUGCCUGUUGCAUGCUCCCUAAAGCAAACCGCGACACGAUGCAUCUUUUGUUUUUAUUCCUUAAAUGGGUUGCUUCUCACAAGGAGAAUAAGAUGGACAUCAGCAAUUUGGCACGUGUUAUUGCACCCAGUGUACUGUAUGCGCAUCCAGCUGCCAAGAUCUCACCACUAGAACGUCAAACCAAUGCCCAAAGGGAGAUUCGCGUAGUAGAAAUGUUGAUCCAAAAUCAAGAAGAAUUUGGUUUGGUGCCUGUCGAUCUGAUUGUAGUGUUACAAGAUCCCAGAAUUGUCGAAAUUCUAAACGAGAAUGAUCUAUCUACAAAAGCAUUUAUAAAAGCAUGUUCUCAGUUGAUAAAAGCACCUUUCCCGACAGAAACGCCCAUUCCACCGCCUUCGCCUAUAUCGCCUCGACCAACACCUUCUAGGUCAGCCACACUACCCUUCAAUGAUAACAGAGCAGCGUUUCCUAUCAUUGUCAAGCCUAGCACGACCACUGCCAUGAAGCAAGCCAACCGAAAAUCUUGGAUCCCAGGUCGUCACUAA